AUGAGUGGGGUGAAGUCAGUCAGUCAUGAUCUGGACCAGUUAAACAGACUCCUACACAUGGUGAAGAGUUUGGUGCAGAGCCCGUAUUUGUCCCUGGGCUCAUAUGUGCGCAGUCUGGUGUCCAGUGUCAUGUACUGCAUCCUGGAGCCUCUGGCUGCGUCCAUCAACCCCCUCAAUGACCACUGGACCCUGAGAGACUAUGCAGCCCUUCUGCUCAGCCACAUCUUCUGGACACAUGGUGAUCUUGUGAGUUGGCUGUACCAUCAGAUUCUUCUGUCUCUGCAGAAGGUUCUUUCAGAUCCGGUUAGACCUCUCUGUUCCCACUAUGGAGCUGUAGUGGAUCUGCAUGCUCUCAGCUGGAAGGCUGUUGAACGUGUGCUGUAUCCUCACCUCCCUGCGUAUUGGGCGAAUCUACAAGCUGUGCUAAAUGAUUACUCCGUGUCCAACGCUCAGGUGAAAGCAGACAGCCACAAAGUCUAUGGAGCCAUUCUGGUGGCGGUAGAGCGUUUGCUGAAGAUGAAGGCACUCAGUCUGACCUCGGCAGCAGGAGGCGGCGGUGCUGGUCUACCAGACACUGCCACAGGGGCUGUCAGCUUCAGAGAAAACUCUCCUGGCCUCAGCCCACCCCCCGAACCUCUUUCCGAACCCCCUCUUGGCAUUGCAAGCCAUCUCCAAGCAGGUGGAGCUGGCUGUCCAUGGGAGGAGUGGACUACUGUAUCUCUUCCUGUCAUGUAUUGUGAACUCUACUCGUUUUUUGGAGAUAUUCUGGCUGUACGCUUCAGCACUGACCCGCCACUCGAUCUCUUGCCCGCUCUUCAUCUUCAUCCUCACGUUCCAGGUCAUCUUCGUCACGUCCUGGACGUUCUACCAGCCAAUCCCAAGACAUUUUCCCUAAAGCCCGCUACACGCUGCUUCAGGCUGGACCUCCUGCUUUCUCUUUCAUCAUCGGCGGGCGACAGAUAGGUAGAAGGCACUUCCAGACGAGCUUUACUCCAACUCCAGCUCUUACUACCCUCCCUCCUCGUGCUUACGCCCACAAGCUGCCCGUCAUAGGGAGAGUCCGCAAACCUGUGUGCCGCUGGACGUGUUCCCAUUACUCUCUUCACCUGCCUCUUUAAAAUACGUGAAUGAUGUACGUGACGUUUAGAGACACGUGACCACAGUGACAUCUCAUCAAAUGGCUGCAUCUUAGUUAUUACAGAUGAACAGAUCUAUAUGCUCUAUGCAAACAAGGCAAGUAUUAUUGUGAGAAAAUAAUUGUGAAUGAACGCCUGAGAUUUUUAUGCUAUAGCUCUGCUGAUUCUGAUCAGUAGCAUUAACUUUAAGUUCUUAUAUAGUUAUUUCUAAAGUUUAUAUUUACUGUACUUGCAGCAGGAUAAAGCUGAACAGAUGCUGUUAUACAAUUGCCUUGUUUAUUAGAGGAUUUAUGUAUGAAUGAAUGUCCUUUUUUAAG